UUACCUCUCUACCCCUCUAUAGCCCAACAAGAUGGAUAUGGCUUCAGAGGAGCCAGCACCGCCUCAUUGGAGCGUGAUUGAAUUCAGCUUCAGUAGCCAAGAUACUGACUCGGAGUUGGUGGUAAUGUGCAACUACCGCCAGUUCAUUAUUUCCGCCUCCGUAGACAGCUUCUCCCAGUCUCCGGCCCUGAAAAGCAAAUAUUUGUUCUUUUUAGAAGUUGCCGAUAACUACGAGCUCGAUGGGUACACUCUUGAAGACCUUUACGACUGGAUUAUCGAACCACUUUUACCUAAAUUCAGACAGCUGCCAGAGAUAACUUCAACCUUGACACUACAACACUUUCUGUUCCCUGAGACGUACAGAUAUGACAUCCGAGGGGAUGGAGAACAGCUAGUUGUUAUUCCGUCUAACGAUAGCAGCGACAUAACCCCCAUAUUCGGCAUCCCACUACCAGAAGAGAAAUGCGCGACUUGGCCUCAUUAUCAUCCGAAGGACGUUCAACUGCCCGAGAAGAGGAAAACUCACGGACCACCAUCAUAUACACCAUCCAGAGUUAUUUUAAAGAACGGAAAGAGCGCCUUUUUCAAGCCCAUGAGGUGUGGAGACCAGAAAUCAUUUGUGAACGAGCUUGAUAAAUACAAGAGCAUACGCGAUGCCCACCUAGACGAGUCGCUUCUAACCUCACGACUCAUUGGCCUGGUUCGAGAUCAGACUGGCCAAGCUUUUGGCUUGCUCUUGAACUAUAUCGACUGCGGCCACAGAACCUUGCUCUGUGCAGCAAAACCGGAUACAUCGAGGGAGCUCAGACAAACAUGGGCUCAGCAGGUCCACGACACGGUCCGGCAACUGCAUGCUGCUGGUAUUGUCUGGGGCGAUGCGAAACCCGAUAAUGUCCUUGUCGACCAAAAGAACGACGCAUGGCUGAUUGACUUUGGUGGAGGGUAUACGAAUGGCUGGGUGCCUAAGGAGCUAUCGGGUACUGUAGAGGGCGAUUUGCAGGCGUUGAAGAAGAUAAAUGAGUUCUUGCUCCAGGGUAGUCUGUGAGUCACAGAUUACGAUCCACUGGUCGAGAUCACAGUCUCUUUACUACAAUUGGAAG